AUGGAUCCCGCCACUACCAAGGUCAUACUUGGGCUCCAUCGCGAGGACCUGAACGCCGCCCUUCAGAGCCUGUCCAAGACCAGCCCUGACGACCGCGAAGGGGCCGCUUUCGCCGCGUUCCGCAAUCAGCUACUAGGGGAGUGGAACAAGUUACACGAUGCAGUCUUUACGCUCAUCAUCGUUCGGGAGGACAGCGCUGUCCGAGAGGCCUUUACGCAGCACUCGAGUGAAGCGCAGCAGGUUGAUCGUAACUACGAGAUGGCUUGCAAGUUUGCAGGUCUGCCGGUGCCUCAACGCCCUGCGGUAACGAACGAUCACGGAACACACAGAAUCGCAGCAGACAAGCAGAUCGAAGACGUAAACGGCAAGACGCUCGCUCAAGAAGCUUCCCGCUUCAGUUCCGUUGGGACGCAAACCGCACCUACCAAAACCAAGCCUCCUGCCGGAAAUAGCUGGUGGCCCGCCUUGUCACUGAACAGUUUCAAGCGUGCGCGCGUUGAUGAUGCGGAUAAUGAAGACAAAAACUCACCUACACCAUCUACGCAUGAACCUACACUCAAGAAACGGGCUGCCUACGACGAGCCAGCAACACUUAGGGAGGAAUAUGACGGGCGAACCAAGCGAAUCAAGCUUGGGCCAGAGGCCUGCACUACUCCUACCAAUGCUACCGCCAAUGUCGCCUCGCCAAACACCAUUGGUCUCUGUCAGGCCGAUAUGGACGUGAAGAAGCUCAUGGAUGUGGCUAAGGAGAAGCAAUGGCAGACUUGCCCUAAUUGCAACGAGAUGGUAGAGCUCAAGGGUGGCUGUCUUCACAUCACGUACAUGCCGCUGCCAACACCACUUCUGCUACCGGUGCCAGGCGCCAUGGCGUACAUGCAAUUGCGGAAAGAAUGCGCGCCGCAUUGCUGA